CAGCGGGUGGGGAAACCAAGGCACAGUCCCCAGUCAGGGCACCCAGUUCUGCCUCUCUGCCUGGCAAGCCCAGUGGGGAGGAGAAACCCAGGCACACGGUCUCCUCUGGACCUAGUGUGGACCCAUCCUGCUGGUCUCUUGGAGGCAAUCCAGGCCUCCAACAGAGCUCCUGCUGGGAAAGUUUCACUCCAGAAAGUUUUCUAUUAACUCUUGCUGAACUGGAACCCACCCCGUUUGGCACCACAACCUGGAGUGUGUUUCUGGCAGGCUGGUGGGAACAUCUCCCGAUCCUACCCAGGGUACCCUAAUGCCAUUAAGAGCCCUGCAGAGAGAUGGGGGUGGGUCUUAGGUUUUAUCUUACAACAAGGGAGCUGGCUUGCUCUCCCCACCUCUCCGCCCUGCCCCAGUCAAUGGUUAACUUGUCCCAGCUUAGAAGGGGCCUGACUCAGUCUGGGCAAAGCCAUUUAGAUCAGCCCACAGACCCCAGCUGGGGUGGAGGGGCCUGACUUGGGGCACCCAUGUGCAUGCCACGGUGCUGGCCACCAAAGCAGAAAGCCCCACCCUCGGCUCAGGGAGCGCCAUGACAGAAGUUGGCUGGUGGAAGCUCACCUUCCUGCGGAAGAAGAAAUCCACCCCUAAGGUGCUGUAUGAGAUCCCUGAUGCCUAUGCCCCAACAGAAGGAGGCGCGGAGACCCCACGGCCCGAGGCGGAGGGUGCCAACAGUGACUUUAACACGCGCCUGGAGAAGAUUGUGGACAAGAACACAAAGGGCAAGCAUGUCAAAGUCUCCAAUUCUGGCCGCUUCAAGGAGAAGAAAAAAGUUCGAGCCACGCUUGCAGAGAACCCCAAACUCUUUGAUGACCACGAGGGCAAAGGACAGUGACGGGGACCCAGGGGGCAGCUAGCACCCCCAGCUCCCUGCCAUCUGCUGGAUCUGAGACAGGAGCUGGCCACGCUGGCCUCUUCGGCCAUAGCUGACACGUGGGGGCAGCCCAUGCUGCUGGCAGGAAAUGUCUGGUCUGUAGGUUUGUAUUUCUGGGAGGCCCAGGGUCUUCCUGCCCUCCCCUGACCACGCACAAAGGCAGCUUCAGUUCAAGGAUGCGCUCCCCCCAGGAAGCAUGCUUCAGUCCUCCUGAAACAAUGGCAGAACCAGCAGGGAUUGGGCACCGCAGAGAAUGGAGAGUAGGAGCCAGACAGGCUUCACCUGUCCCCAGACUCAAGGUCAAGGGCGAUUUGAAUUGCCGUUCCCUCUAAUUUCUCUGCUUUGUUCCCUGGACGAUCCUGAGAGCACGUGUUCCCCACGUGAGUGGGGCGUGGGCUCCUCAGAGCAGAGGCGGAGGCUCUGAACUUGAGCUCACCUAGUAGCAGCGGUAAACUUCCUGGAACGUUGCCCCCAGGUAUGGAGGGGACAGAGGACCCUGGAACUCCAGGGAGGUGCGGCAGAGGCCAGCUUAGCAAUGCUGUGGGCUUCUGCUUUGGUCACCGCUUGUGUGGACGCCAAGUCUCAGGUCCUUGAAGGAAAGCUACGUUGGCCCAAAGGCUCAAACUGGGGGAGUGGGUGGGGAAGCGUUGGUGGGAGCCCACAGCAGCCACUUUCCUCCCCUCCUUCUCCUAGUAUUUAAGAUGGAUCAGCCCCAGAGUGUGUCCUGGAGCCUCGAAUUUUGUUUUAAACAAAACUGUAGUUUCUCUCUUUGUAAUAAACAGGGCUGUCAAAGCAGAGGACCGA